AUGCUUCGUCGCGCGUCGUCGCGAACGCUCCGAGCUUCAUCUUCCCUGUUCUUUCGGGCAGGUGGUACUGGUGGUUCUUUUCCGACCAUUCCCAUCGUCAACACCGCGACGACGACGAAUAAAACCGCCGUGAUGAUGGUCCGGUGCAUGGCCUCGGGACCCCCGAGAAACGCGACGGAAAUCUCGGACGAGUUGUUGGCAAAACUCGGGACUUUAUCCACGCAAGCUUUAAUCGAUGGAUUAUGGGUGAUGGGAUGGCCAACGUCGCACAUCAUGGGCGCGAGGCCGCUGACGGAAGGCCAGCCGAAAACGAUCGGCCGGGCGAUUACCAUUCAGUUCGUCCCGCAAAGGCCGGAUAUUAUGAAGGAUAAACCCGCCGGGAUGGACAGUCCGGAAUACGAAGCGUUCGAGCUCGCCGGGCCGAAAGAGGUGAUCGUGAUGAACUCGGUCGGGCCGUGGGAAUCCGUCGGUGGGGACAUUAAGUUUUUACGUUUGAUGCAGAAGAAAGUCGCGGGUUUAGUCACGGACGGGUCGGUGAGAGAUACCGCGGUGUUGCGAGGAUACGGGUUCCCGGUGUUUUGCCACUCGACGACGCCGAGGCAAGGACCGCACGUGCACCAACCGUGGGCGUGUAACUUGGUGAUUAAUUGCGGUGGGGUCACGGUGAGACCAGGGGAUGCGAUCAUUGGGGAUCAAGACGGGGCGGUGGUCAUACCCGCGGCGGUUGCGCAGGAGGUGUACGAUAUCGCGCACUCGAGAGAGAUUAUCGAGGACGUGGUGAAGACGGAGUUGGAGCAAAACCCAGGGCCACCGGGAAGAUAUUAUCCGUUUCACUCGAAGAUGAUCAAAGAAGAUUCGCCGUUGGGGAAAUUAUUGACGAGCAAAGGGAUUACGCCGACUGGAGGUUUCAUGAAAGGGAUGCACUCCGCGGCGAGAGGCGGCCAAGAAAAGUAUUUCGGUAAUAAUUAUUAUAGAGGAGGAACGAAUGUCAGAAGCAGCAGAAACAAUACGAGAAACAGUAACAACGCCAUGUUUAAGCGCAACAUGUCGUCGUACGCGAGAUCGCAAUCGGAUUACGACGAAGUUUUGAAGACUAUUCUUCAGCACAAAGCGUGCGCGGUUUUGCGCACGCUGCACGAAGGCAAAGUCGAGUUAGCCAUGGACGCCGCCGUGAGAGGUGGGUUUAAACUCGUCGAGUUUACAAUGACGACACCGGGAUGGGCGGACGCGGUUGCAAACUUCGCCAAGCGCACGGACGUUAUGAUGGGUGUCGGGACGGUGCUGAGCGUCGACGACGCAAAGAAAGCCAUGGACGCGGGCUCGAGAUUUAUCGUUUCACCGAUUCUCAUCCCGUCGGUUGUGGAGUGGUGCAAAGAAAACACCAUCGUGUGCAUGCCAGGUUGCCAAACGCCGACUGAGUUACACUACGCGUACACGUUGGGUGCGCCGAUUCAAAAGUUGUUUCCAGGCGUCGCCGGCGGACCGGCGUGGGUGAAAGCUGUCUCUUCGGCGUUGCCGCACUUGAGAAUUAACCCGACGAGCGGAACCGAUUUGGACACGUGCCAAGACUAUUUAAGAAACGGUGCGUCCUCGGUAGGUUUUGUAGCGCCGGCGUUUGACCAAGAGAAGAUCAAAAACAGCGAUUGGGACGGCAUCGCGGCGACCGCAAAGGCGUUGACCGACGCGGUCAAAGCGGCGUAA